AUGUUAGUGGACUGUUGUCCUGGUUGUUGGCUUCCUCGUUUGCCUCCCCCUCCUCUCCUCAUGUCUUCUACUGUAGUCUUGUUUUCAGCAAAGCACUUGGUCAUUCGGUUCGCCGCCGUACCCCGUCGUCACUUCGCGCGCAUCGCCGCACCGCACCUACAGCCUUGUGACAUCGUCGGUCGGCGUUCGAGCGCCAACCACUGUUUCUUCGCUGCACCGCCGCUUCUCAUUGGUCAUUGGUUGGUUGCGGUGCUGUGCGGCGGCGGCGGCAGCGGCGGCGACGACGACGGCGGCAGCGGCGGCUCGUAG